AUGCGCUCAGACCGGCACGCUCACGGGAGCAGGCUGAACGCCCAGGUCAGCGACUGUUCAGCCCCCCGCAAUACGCUGAUGCUGCUACAGUUCAUGCCGUGCCUCAGUAGUGAUGGUCUUGAGACCUGCCACAGAGCAUCCUCAUCCUUUGAGGUGGCGCCAGAUAGGUCUUUGCACAGCAGAUUAGAGCUGCAUAUCAGCGCUGUCAGCUUCAAUGUGACAGCUCAGUUCUCAUGCGUUGAUUCUAAAAACGGUGCCACCAUUUCAGCUCCUACACCUGAUCUUGCGGGCUAUCAAUCCCAGGCCAGCAAAGCACGUGGAAAUUUGAAGACUCGCAGCCGGGCACCGCAGCCACGCAGCCAACUUGCUCCUGCCCCCAGCCAGGCUCGCUGGCAGCUGCUGCCACCUCGCAGCCGGGAUAACUGGUUCCCUCGGGAAUCCUCUGCAGAAACAUAUCCUAUUGCCCUUCUGAACGAGGCAUCACAGCAGUCUUGGUUUACGGAUGAGAAAACUAAACCUGAGAACAGCAGAAUAUUUGCUCAAGUUGACUGUGAAACCCUUGAAGAACUUGCUUCUAUGAUCCCUGUGCUACCUAGUGGCCAUGAAGACACCUUACGAAGAAACCUGGUCAGAAUAUUGCAGUUUGCUUUGGCUAGCACUCUAAAAGAGCACAGCACAGGAUUUGGCAGAGCUGCUGCUGCAAAUGGUAUCAUCUGGAAGAUGUUUGAAAUGCAGCACAGGCCGCUGUGUUCCCUGGAACUCAAGCCUCAGAGCCAUUACAACCAUGGAUAUAGUGAAUCUCUUGGGCGGAAAAGCCACAUUGAUGACUACAGCACUUGGGACAUUGUCAAAGCCACACAGUAUGGAAUAUAUGAACGAUGUCGAGAGUUGGUAGAAGCAGGUUAUGAUGUACGGCAACCGGACAAAGAGAACGUAACGCUUCUCCAUUGGGCUGCCAUCAACAACAGGAUAGAUUUGGUGAAAUACUAUAUAUCAAAAGGUGCUAUUGUUGACCAGCUGGGAGGAGAUUUAAAUUCUACCCCACUUCACUGGGCAACAAGACAGGGUCACUUAUCCAUGGUUGUACAGCUGAUGAAAUAUGGGGCAGAUCCGUCGCUAAUUGAUGGAGAAGGAUGUAGCUGCAUUCAUUUGGCUGCCCAGUUUGGACAUACUUCGAUUGUUGCUUACCUGAUAGCAAAGGGACAGGAUGUAGAUAUGAUGGAUCAAAAUGGAAUGACACCGCUAAUGUGGGCAGCUUACAGAACACAUAGUGUGGAUCCAACCCGAUUACUACUUACAUUCAACGUUUCUGUUAAUCUUGGAGACAAGUAUCAUAAAAACACGGCAUUGCACUGGGCUGUGCUAGCAGGAAAUACUACAGUCAUUAGUCUUCUUUUAGAAGCUGGAGCUAAUGUAGAUGCUCAGAACAUUAAGGGAGAAUCACCACUUGAUCUAGCAAAACAGAGGAAAAAUGUUUGGAUGAUCAACCACUUACAGGAAGCAAGACAGGCAAAGGGAUACGACAGUCCAUCCUUUCUCCGAAAGCUGAAAGCCGAUAAGGAAUUUCGUCAGAAGGUGAUGCUGGGAACCCCUUUCCUGGUUAUUUGGCUGGUUGGGUUUAUAGCAGACCUAGACAUUGAUUCUUGGCUCAUUAAAGGGCUGAUGUAUGGUGGAGUUUGGGCUAUGGUGCAGUUUCUUUCAAAGUCAUUCUUUGAUCAUUCCAUGCACAGUGCAUUGCCUCUUGGAAUAUACUUGGCAACAAAAUUCUGGAUGUACGUGACGUGGUUCUUCUGGUUCUGGAACGAUCUCAAUUUUUUCUUCAUACACCUUCCAUUCCUCGCUAAUAGCGUUGCACUUUUCUACAAUUUUGGAAAAUCCUGGAAAUCGGAUCCAGGGAUCAUCAAAGCCACAGAAGAACAAAAGAAAAAGACUAUAGUAGAACUUGCAGAGACAGGAAGCCUGGACCUCAGUAUAUUCUGCAGUACCUGUUUGAUACGGAAGCCAGUGAGGUCUAAACACUGUGGUGUGUGCAAUCGAUGUAUAGCAAAGUUUGAUCAUCACUGCCCGUGGGUGGGGAACUGUGUAGGUGAGUAACUUGCUGAA